GCAGUGUGUGAGGGUGUGUGUGUGUGUGCGUGCGUGAGCAUGUACGUGUGUGGAUGUGUGUGUGUGGCUAAAAUGUGCUUUUCAAAGUGCUGAGAGGUUGAUGGGAAUGUUUGAUUAGCUCCUCUGAGAAAAGAGGAAAGUUGCUUGGACCUCUCCUUGUUUCUUCUUUAGAAUAAUUUGGAUGGGAUUUGUGAUGCAGAAAAGCUUAAAGAAAAAAGGAUAUCCAUUCUGUGUGGUGGAAAAUUUUUGAAAAAAAAUUGCUUUCUUCAAACAAGGGUGCCAUUUUGAUUUUUAUGGGGAUUGUUGUCCUCACUAUGAAGGCAUCUGUUAUUGAAAUGUUCCUUGUUUUGCUGGCGACUGGAAUACACUCAAAUAAAGACAUGACAAAGAAGAUUAAAAGGCCCAAGUUAACUGUGCCUCAGAUCAACUGUGAUGUCAAAGCCGGAAAGAUCAUCAAUCCUGAGUUCGUUGUGAAAUGCCCAGCAGGGUGCCAAGACCCCAAAUACCACGUUUAUGGCACGGACAUCUACGCGUCUUACUCAAGCGUAUGCGGUGCUGCGAUUCACAGUGGUGUGCUUGAUAAUUCAGGAGGGAAAAUACUUGUUCGGAAAGUUGCCGGGCAAUCUGGCUAUAAGGGGAGUUAUUCCAAUGGUGUCCAGUCAUUGUCCCUGCCACGCUGGAGAGAGUCCUUCAUCGUCUCAGAAGGUAAACCCCAAAGGGGUGUAACCUACCCAUCGGCGCUCACAUAUUCAUCAUCUAAAAGCCCUGCUGCGAAAACAGAUGAGGCCACGAAAGCCUACCAGAAGCCACCAGUCCCAGGAACAACCGCACAGCCAGUCACCCUGACGCAGGUAACGGGAGCCACUGCGACUGGAGCCGCCCACGCCAGCCUGCCAAAGCCGUCCCCAUCUGCCGGCUCCACCAGCAGCAGCCUCAGACCCCAGCCCGUGGGCCUCAGGAGCGGGGAGCUGGAUCUCUGGGCCACCAGCACCUACACAAGCGGCCAAAACAGCCCCCACGCGGAUCCAGGGGAAAUGGACUUGUGGAAACCUGGAUCGGUCCUUUUAGAUGCAGGAUUUGUUCCAAAAGAAGAAUUAAGCACACGGGCUUUGGAGCCGCUAUCCCAGGGAGAUCCAAACUGCAAAAUUGACUUGUCAUUUGUAAUUGACGGGAGCUCAAGCAUUGGCAAACGUCGGUUCCGAAUCCAAAAGCAGUUCCUGGCUGAUGUUGCCCAAGCUCUUGACAUUGGCCCUGCCGGUCCACUGAUGGGCAUCGUUCAGUAUGGAGACAACCCUUCUGCCCAGUUUAACCUCAGAACUCACAUGAAUUCCCGGGAUCUGAGAACGGCCAUAGAGAAAAUCACCCAGAGAGGAGGGCUUUCCAAUGCAGGCCGGGCCAUCUCCUUUGUGACCAAGAACUUCUUUUCCAAAGCUAAUGGGAACAGAGGCAGUGCUCCCAACGUGGCCGUGGUGAUUGUGGAUGGCUGGCCCACCGACAAGGUGGAGGAGGCUUCGAGGUUUGCAAGGGAGUCAGGAAUCAAUAUUUUCUUCAUCACCGUCGAAGGUGCCACUGAAAAUGAGAAGCAGUAUGUGGUGGAGCCCAACUUCUCUCAUAAGGCUGUGUGCAGAACAAAUGGCUUCUACUCGCUCAAUGUGCAGAGCUGGUUCAGCCUCCACAAGACAGUGCAAGCCCUGGUGAAGCGGGUCUGCGACACCGACAGACUGGCCUGUAGCAAGACCUGCUUGAACUCGGCCGACAUUGGCUUCGUCAUCGACGGCUCCAGCAGCGUGGGGACAGGCAACUUCCGCACGGUUCUCCAGUUUGUGGCCAACCUCAGCAAAGAGUUUGAGAUUUCGGACAUAGACACGCGAAUCGGGGCUGUGCAGUACACCUACGAGCAGCGGCUGGAAUUUGGAUUUGACGAUUACAACACCAAGUCUGACAUCCUCAAUGCCAUCAAGAGGGUGGGAUACUGGAGUGGUGGGACCAGCACGGGGGCCGCCAUCAACUAUGCCCUGGAACAGCUCUUCAAGAAGUCCAAACCCAACAAGAGGAAGUUAAUGAUCCUCAUCACUGAUGGGAGAUCCUAUGAUGACGUCCGAAUACCGGCCAUGGUUGCCCAUCACAAGGGAGUGAUCACCUACGCAAUAGGUGUCGCAUGGGCUGCGCAGGACGAGCUGGAAGUCAUUGCCACUCACCCCGCCAAGGACCAUUCCUUCUUUGUUGACGAGUUUGACAACCUGUACAAAUUUGUCCCCAAGGUCAUCCAGAACAUUUGUACAGAGUUCAACUCACAGCCUCGAAACUGAAUUCAGAGCAGGUGAAGCACUGACGGAUGCUGCUUUCCCGACUGGCUCUGGGACAACCCCAAUGCAUUAUGGGGCAGUAAGGCGUGUAGGGCUUGGACAAUGGAUGUGCUGUGAUUGUUUUCUGCCUGUGUGGUUUUUCAUACUUUGAAACUUGGAGUGAGAAAGAUGAUCAGAAACUUAUAGAAUGAGGCAAAAUGAUACAUCAUUUUGAGGGUGCUGGGGAUUUACAUUUGGUGAUUAUUUUGAAAUAAAUGUUCAGAAUCAAGUGCAGAACUUAAGACAGGCUUCACUAGAGCUUUUGUGAGAUUUUUUCCAUUUUUAUUUCUAAUUACGAUUCUGUAACCCUCAACAAAUUUCAUUUUUAUCACAACAAUAGAGGAGUAGCUUCAUUAAAUGUUUUAAAGGAUUACAGGCAAUCAUUCUGACCAUAUCAUGGCUAAUGUUCACAGGGUUUAUGGCAGAACCACCCUCCGCUCUUCUCGUUUCUCAGAGCACCUGCUAUGCACCCACCCUGGCCCAUGGUAACAAUACAACCAUGGGGGUGCAGAGAAAGUGUGGCAGCAGCAUAGCCACUCCUGAUUUACCUCCCUCCUCUCUAUUAUCUGAAUCACUGUGUACCUGCAUCCUAUAGCGUUAGGAGUUGAGGAAUGGCCCUGGAGGACCACGGUGAUCUGGCCUAACAGCAGUGCGUGAGGCUGCUCUUGGCCUGAGCUGCACCUUAGACUCUCUUAGAGACUAAAAUGCUGGCUCCCAGGCUCCAUUCCAAUAGCUAUGGAAUCUGGGUCUUGGGGGGUGGAGCCUGAACACCAGCAUUGUUUGAAGAGCUCUCUGGUGAUACUGCUAUGCUGCCAUUGAUUGAGAACCAUGAGCUACCUCUGAGGGGUCAGUGUUAUAGGUGUUUCCUGGGAGAGCCCCUGUUUGUGCCUGUUGCCUUGUGUCCUAUUCAGUUUUACCAUUUGCGCUGCAUUUGUCGUUAACCAGAUAUGAUCAUUAAUAGUUGCAUUCAGAUAAGCCAGGAUGGGGUUUGGUUGAGCUCCACUUUCUACUUCCAGCUCCUGCCAAGGACUCAUCUGUUAGGAUAUGAAAUCUGUGUGUAAUGGGGGAGUGUUCCAAAGAAUCCUUAAUAAAGAUGACUUACCUGACAAA